AUGUUCAGAGAAGCCGACGGUUUCAUAUGGCGGGAUUAUUGCCGCAUCAGCUAUCAGCUACUACCAGCGCGCGCCCGGCCUGCUCUCAUGACACACGGCACUCAGAAUACUCAAGGCUGUGAGGACGAGGAUGUGGCAGUGGCCACUCGGCCAGCUGGGGCGAGAGGUGCCGUCUGGCAGGACAAUGGAGAACAGGCACUUUCCUAUCCCGAGGGCAGGCCGCCACUGGUCCAGGCCAUCUUCAGCGGCGACCCGGAGGAGAUCCGCAUGCUCAUCCACAAGACGGAAGACGUGAAUGCUCUGGACUCGGAGAAGCGCACUCCGCUGCACGUGGCCGCGUUCCUGGGAGAUGCCGAGAUCAUCGAGCUCCUGAUCCUUUCAGGAGCUCGUGUGAAUGCCAAGGACAACAUGUGGCUGACCCCGCUGCACCGGGCCGUGGCCUCCAGGAGUGAGGAGGCAGUGCAAGUAUUGAUUAAGCACUCGGCUGAUGUCAACGCGAGGGACAAGAACUGGCAGACCCCGCUGCAUGUCGCCGCCGCCAACAAGGCCGUGAGGUGUGCAGAAGUGAUCAUUCCCCUGUUGAGCAGCGUCAACGUCUCUGACCGCGGCGGCCGCACGGCCCUGCACCACGCCGCUCUCAACGGCCACGUGGAGAUGGUCAACCUACUCCUGGCCAAAGGGGCGAACAUCAACGCCUUUGACAAGAAGGACCGGCGGGCCCUGCACUGGGCAGCGUACAUGGGCCACCUGGACGUGGUGGCGCUGCUCAUGGACCACGGCGCGGAAGCGACCUGCAAGGACAAGAAGGGCUACACCCCCCUGCACGCUGCAGCCUCCAAUGGACAGAUCAACGUUGUCAAACAUCUCCUCAAUCUGGGGGUGGAGAUCGAUGAAAUCAACGUCUAUGGGAACACGGCGCUCCACCUGGCCUGCUACAACGGGCAGGACGCUGUAGUCAACGAGCUGACCGACUACGGUGCUAACGUGAACCAGCCCAACAACAGUGGCUUCACCCCUUUGCAUUUUGCUGCUGCCUCCACCCACGGUGCUUUGUGUCUUGAGCUGUUAGUCAACAACGGGGCGGAUGUUAACAUCCAGAGUAAAGAUGGCAAAAGCCCACUGCACAUGACAGCCGUCCACGGCAGGUUCACACGCUCGCAGACCCUCAUUCAGAACGGAGGAGAAAUCGACUGCGUGGAUAAGGAUGGCAACACUCCUCUCCACGUGGCUGCAAGAUACGGCCACGAGCUUUUGAUUAACACCCUGAUCACCAGCGGAGCGGACACAGCCAAGUGUGGGAUCCAUAGCAUGUUCCCCUUACACUUAGCUGCCCUAAACGCUCACUCCGACUGCUGCCGGAAGCUGUUGUCGUCGGGCUUUGAAAUAGACACCCCAGAUAAAUUCGGAAGAACGUGCCUUCAUGCCGCUGCUGCAGGAGGUAACGUGGAAUGUAUAAAACUCUUGCAGAGCAGUGGAGCAGAUUUCCACAAAAAGGACAAGUGUGGGAGGACCCCUUUGCACUAUGCAGCUGCCAACUGCCACUUCCACUGCAUCGAGGUGUUAGUGACCACGGGGGCCAACGUGAACGAGACCGAUGACUGGGGCCGGACAGCUCUGCACUACGCCGCGGCCUCCGACAUGGACAGAAAAAGUAAGACCACCUUAGGAAAUGCCCACGAAAACUCAGAGGAACUCGAAAGUGCCCGCGAGAUGAAGGAGAAAGAGGCUGCGCUAUGCCUCGAGUUUCUGCUUCAAAAUGACGCCAACCCAUCUCUCCGGGACAAGGAAGGCUACAAUAGCAUCCACUACGCGGCUGCCUACGGCCACAGGCAGUGUCUGGAAUUGCUUUUGGAAAGAACCAACGGUGGUUUUGAAGAAUCAGAUCCGGGUGCUACCAAGAGUCCACUCCACUUGGCUGCCUACAACGGGCACCACCAGGCCCUGGAAGUGCUCCUGCAGUCCCUGGUGGACCUGGACAUCCGGGACGAGAAGGGCCGCACCGCUCUGGACCUGGCUGCCUUCAAGGGCCACACGGAAUGCGUGGAAGCGCUGAUCAACCAGGGCGCGUCCAUCUUUGUGAAAGACGAUGUCACCAAAAGGACCCCACUUCACGCCUCAGUGAUUAAUGGUCACACCCUGUGUUUGCGGCUGUUACUAGAAAUCGCAGACAACCCGGAAGUAGUUGACGUGAAAGAUGCCAAAGGACAAACCCCACUGAUGCUGGCAGUAGCAUAUGGACACAUUGAUGCUGUCUCAUUGUUACUUGAAAAGGAAGCAAAUGUAGAUGCUGUUGACAUCAUGGGAUGCACAGCGUUGCACAGAGGGAUCAUGUCGGGUCAUGAGGAAUGUGUGCAGAUGCUGCUGGAGGAAGAAGUCUCAAUUCUCUGCAAAGAUGCCAGAGGGAGGACCCCCUUGCACUACGCCGCGGCCCGCGGCCACGCCACAUGGCUGAGCGAGCUGCUGCAGAUGGCCCUGUCGGAGGAAGACUGCUGUUUCAAGGACAACCAGGGCUACACGCCGCUGCACUGGGCUUGCUACAAUGGUAAUGAAAACUGUAUAGAGGUACUUUUGGAGCAGAAAUGUUUUCGCGAAUUUAUCGGCAAUCCCUUUACUCCACUGCACUGUGCGAUAAUAAAUGACCAUGAGAAUUGUGCGUCACUGCUGCUGGGGGCCAUAGAUUCCAGCAUUGUCAAUUGCAGGGACGACAAAGGCAGGACGCCGCUGCAUGCCGCAGCCUUUGCUGACCACGUGGAGUGCCUGCAGCUCCUGCUGAGACACAGCGCCCAGGUGAACGCGGCCGACGACGCGGGCAAGACGGCGCUGAUGAUGGCCGCAGAGAACGGGCAGGCGGGCGCCGUGGACAUUCUGGUGAACAGCGCCCAGGCUGACCUGUCUGUGAAGGACAAGGACUUGAACACACCCUUGCAUUUGGCGUGUAGUAAAGGUCAUGAAAAAUGUGCCUUGUUAAUACUUGACAAGAUACAAGACGAGAGCCUUAUUAAUGCCAAAAACAAUGCACUGCAGACGCCCCUGCACGUCGCUGCGCGCAACGGCCUGAAGGCCGUGGUGGAGGAGCUGCUGGCCAAAGGGGCCUGCGUCCUCGCUGUCGAUGAGAACGGUCAUACCCCGGCCCUGGCUUGCGCUCCUAACAAAGACGUGGCUGACUGCCUGGCCCUCAUUUUGGCUACCAUGAUGCCUUUUUCUCCUUCCAGUACAAUGACGGCUGUCAACCUGGUUUGUUUUAAAAAAGACAAUUUGAACAGGACGACCCUCUCCAACCUGGGUAGCAUGGUUAGCCUGUGCAGUAACAACGUAGGCUCGGAGGAUGGGUACAAUGAAAACGAUUCUGAUUCGGAAACCUUUUGACCUUGGACUGUAAACGUUUUCCCUUGAUCGACCCUGUUGGAGGAAGGGGAAGAAGCUCGGAUUCCAGGUUUAGGUCGUGUUCCAGUGUUAUUAUGGGCCCGAGCUACCAGAAGCCGGUAGAGAAGGGAUUCAUUCAUCAAACUGAGGGAGGGCAGCUAGGCCGGAGGACCAAGCACUCACACGGAUGGGCCCUGCUUUUGAUCUGUCUCAUGCUUUCCUUAGCUCUAAGAGACUUCUGUGAAAGUCUACCUCUCAUUUUAAAGAAGGAAUAAAAAAAAUGCAUUGAA